CCCAUGUGCACCAACCAAUCAUGGACGUGCCGUAUCUUAACAGCUCACUUUCUUUACAUCAACGAUACAGCACACUUGUUGACUUGUUAGUCAUCCACGCUAAGCCAUAACAUGAGACGACUCGGUUUUUUAUUAACCGCGGUGAUCUUUCUUUCUCUUCCACAUCAAAGUUGUUCACAUUGGUGGUUCAUGUCGCAAGUGUACGCGCUUGGAGCCAAGGUAAUGUGCAACAGUAUUGCAGGACUAGUGACCAUCCAGCGCCAAAUCUGCCGCGAGAACCCCGAUGUAAUGAUCAGCGUCGGCAAAGGCGCAAAACUCGGCAUCCAUGAAUGCCAAUAUCAGUUUCUUUAUCAACGAUGGAAUUGCUCGACUGCCGAACGCGAUGCUUCCCUUUUCGGCAAGGUUAUGAGACGAGCGAGCAAAGAAACAGCUUUCGUCUAUUCUAUCUCGACUGCUGGGGUCGUCCAUGAAGUUACCCGCUCCUGCAGCCUCGGAGAACUGAAGGAAUGCUCCUGCGACAACCGCCGAGGAAGAAGCCGCAAAGGUUUCGAGUGGGGAGGCUGUAGCGACAACAUCAUGUAUGGCUUGAACUUUGCUAAAGCUUUUGUGGAUUCGAGAGAAGUUGAACGAGACGCUAGAGCUUUGAUGAACUUACACAACAACUAUGUAGGAAGAAGGGCCGUCAAGACCAACAUGCUUCUAGACUGCAAGUGCCACGGUGUGUCAGGCUCCUGCUCGGUCCGAACCUGCUGGAAAACCCUCCCACCAUUCCGUAUCGUCGGCGAAUACUUAAAACACAAGUAUAUGACCUCACAGCGCGUGACUGUCGACCAAAGCGGCAAAGCACUAACCCGUGCAGACAUUAUUUACAGCAGACCAUCACGAGAUGAGCUCGUGUACCUUGAAGAAUCUCCUGAUUAUUGCGACAUCGACGCCAAGACCGGCUCUCUAGGGACGUCAGGUCGCGAGUGCAACAAAACAUCAACAGGAACAGGUGGUUGUAAAGUCCUGUGCUGUGGCAAGGGCUUCAAUACGAUACAAGUCGAAGAGGAGUACAAAUGCUCCUGCAAGUUUCACUGGUGCUGCCAUGUCAAAUGCCAGAAGUGCAGAAGAACGGUCGAUAAACAUAUCUGUAAGGGAGCCAAGGAUAUCCCUGCGAAUGUGAAGAAAGGCAGUUCUCGCACCAACAGUAAAAAGAACAGAAGAAAAAACAAGAAAAGAAAAGAUCGAAGAAAAGAUAGUGGUACUCCUGGGGUCCGUUAGUAGAUGGGAGGAAAUCAAAAACAAAAAUGGGAAAAAUGAGAAAAUGAAUGGGAAAUGACAAGAAUGCAAACAGAAAUGUCUCCAAACCAGCUGUCCCUUUUUGGAAAGGUUCAUAGUUGUCUCAAAAAAGUCGUUGCCAUAUAAUUGGUUAAUAAGAUUUGAAUGAUAGAUAGAUUAUAGCACGGAACUAAGGGUUUUAAAUUCAGUAACAUUGUCUGUUUUGGUAAUAUGAACAUAAACCAUUUAAUUUCGACUGAUAGUCGAUGUCAAACUAUCUCACUCUCCACUGUAAUUAUUCCGUUGUAAAUACAUCAUUUCCCUCCCCUGGCUUCCAGCUGUACAUAUUAUACAGAGAUCCUCAUUGGUCAAGUUGUUUUAGCUCAGUGUUGCAGUGUAAUUAGCGACAGUGUUAGCGUUUCACGUGUAGUUUUGUACCAAGAAAUAUUUAUAAUAAACACAUUUAUACAUUAA